AUGGCCAACUUGCUGCCCAAGUACCUGGAUAAGGAAUGCUACCCCGUGGUGACGGGCGGCGCCGAUGUGGCCAACCAGCUUCUUCAGGAGCGUUUCGAUCUGGUCUUCUUCACCGGCUCUCCCAACAUUGGAAAGUUGGUCUACCAGGCGGCCUCAAAGCACAUGACGCCGGUAGUGCUGGAGCUGGGCGGCAAGUCGCCGCUGUACAUUGACGACUCGGUAGAGGGCCAACUGGAGGUGGCCGCCAAGCGAGUGCUCUGGGGCAAACUGACCAACUCUGGCCAAACCUGUGUCGCCCCUGACUAUGUCCUCUGCAGCCCUUCGGUGCAGGACCGCUUUGUGGAGGCGUCAAAGAAGGUGCUAAAGGACUUUUAUGGUGACCCGGCCAAGUCGGACAGCUUUGCGCGGAUCGUCAACGACCGCAACUUUGACCGCCUGGAGAAGCUGCUGUCGGCCACGAAGGGCAAGGUGGUGGUGGGCGGACAGACGGCCAAAGGGGAGCGGUACAUUGCGCCCACUCUGGUGGCCAACGUCACCGGAAAUGAUUCGCUGAUGAGCGAGGAACUCUUUGGACCCAUUCUGCCAAUUGUCCCG